CUGUUGAAAUUAUUUUUAAGAAUAUUUUCGCAUAAUUGUAAUUUGUUAUAACGUUUUCAUUGAAAAAGAAUUCUUAAAUUCUAGAAAAUAAUUGAAAUUUAAAAUUUAUAAUGUAGAAAAUUGUUUCAUGAUUAAUAUUAAAAUUCGUGGUCAGUAUUUUAGUGGCAUGGAUUGACUUGAUAGAGAGUGCCUCCUCAAAGAACUCAAGGGCCAGUGAUAAAAGAUGUAUCUGGACCUGUGUGUGUUACGCCCUGAAUCUGUAUUCAGAUAGUAUUUUUAUUUGCCGAUGCUUUUCUAUCAGUGUUUUGUAUAGUAUAGUGUAAAUAACAAUUCUUGUGGCCACGAGUUCAAUGCAUAACGAUUAUUUCAGGUUUAAAAACAACACAAAUAUUGCAGUUUUCACACGGCAGUCAUCGUAACUGCAAACAGCCUGGAUUCUAACUUGAAUUCUUCUCACUCUAAAGCUAUUAGCAUUAUUUUGCAGGACUUGCCUGGCUUGCCUUACCCCAAAUAAAAGUGGAGUGAAAAAACCCAAAUUCAAACUAAUUUAUACUAUUCUUUGAUGUACUUUGAGAUUAUUGAUUCCAUAUGUUAAAUUACACAGAACUGUUCCUAACAUUUUGAAUAGAACUUUUAAGUCCAUUUUUACCAUACAAUCCUUACAUGGAUAGUUUUACACUGUAUAUCUGUUGAAAGCUUAUUUUCUCAUGACUGUUAAGAGGAAACAUGCUUGGGAGGAACUGUCUUUUGACAACUUAACAUGCACAGCAUAGCAUUCACACUCUCCUUAGGUCACAGCUUACAAAAAUAAUUAGCCAAAAAAUCUUACAUGAACUGCACUCAUUCACAGACUGAUCUCCUGAGAUGAAUGUACCACCAGAGCAAAUACUAUACAUGCAUGUAAACUGUUAUCAGCAACCAUAUGUGAUUCAGACCCCCUCAUAUACUUUGUAGAAAAUAUAACACUAACUUUGUUCAGUUUUUAUUUCUUUAUUAAGGGAUAAAAAUGAACUAUGUAAUGAAGAGAAAUGCGUACAAAAAUUUGUUGUAGGAAUAAUACAUUUCCUUCUGGACAGAAGGAAGAGUCUGGUAUUUCAUCUUUCCACGUAAUGUGAUAUAGUGUCAACUCAAAUCUACUCUGGAAACUUGAGUUGAAGUCCGUGGAAAAUGUGAUGGGUUUUUAACAACUGUGGAGGGGACAAAAAUCCAGUUACAGAUAAUGCUGUCUGGUUAAAUAACAGUUUAGAACUCAGACUCAUCACCACGAUCUCAAACUGCCAGCCGUUUUAUGUUCCUUUUCAACGCAUACAUAACCCACGUCUCCCAAUUACAGUUACUGGCAUCCAAAGAAAAAGCAAAUGGAGCAUAUUGAGGAGAUGUCUCAAGAAUGGAUGAGUUGUCUCAGUGAAGUGUACACAGAGGAGGAAGCUGACUUCAUGAACCAGCUGCUUGGUAACUGCUCAAUCCCAGAACAGUUUUAUGAAAGUUUGAACAUGGAAACAAAAGCUCCAAAUGCAGAUUCACAAUCCCAGAACAGUGCUCAUAGUACCAUUGGUUUUUCCUUACAAGAGUUGGGUCUUGAGUCAGGGAGAGAGAAUCUUGCUGACAUGGAUUUGCAGGAUCACAAUGUACGCCAAAUACUAGUUUCUGAACCAGAAAAGGAUAAUAGCAGAAGCAUGGAGAAAUCAGAAAAAAGGUUUAGGAGCUCAUUUGAGGGCCCAGAGAACAAGAGGAAUGUGAAAUCUAAGAAGAAUCCAAAACCAGCUUCUUUAAGGAACACUGAAGAGGAAGCAAGUCCUGACCCUCAGAAUCAGACCUUAAACAGUUGCUGUUCAGAUGAUGACUCCAAAGAUUCUAGAGCGCCAAAGUUAAGUGGAAAAUCAAUAUCUAAUAGAGACCCUGCAACUGAUACACAGAGCGCGUAUGCAAGAAAGAGAAGAGAAAGAAUAAAUGAAAGACUGAGAAUUCUACAGAGUCUGGUCCCGAAUGGAACUAAGGUGGAUAUCAGCACAAUGCUUGAUGAAGCUGUGCAAUAUGUGAAGUUUUUACAGCUUCAAAUUAAGCUUCUGAGUUCUGAUGAUCUGUGGAUGUACGCUCCCAUUGCUUUCAAUGGAAUGAACAUUGGCCUCGAACUUAACAUCAACAUCACAAAACAACAAAAAAAAUGCAUAUCAUAGAAGUGAAAGAAUAUUGAGAGCAGGCAGAAUCAUUCUGUGAUGUUUAUAUAAGCUCUGUUCACAACUAGUGUAUAUCAACGACAAUGGAGACGCAUGAAAUUACUCAAAAUUACUCAACCAUGUGUCUUUCUGAACAACGAUACAUAAACUUCGGUUCAUUUUUUAUUCUUUGAUUGAGCAUUUGCGAA